CACCUUGGCCUUGGCCCAUUCAAACCCACGAUCCUCUCGCCUCUCUUGCCGGCGGCACUCGACGCUCGGCUCGACCUCGACCUCGACCUCGACGAACUGAUGUGGACAGGAUCGGAGGUGGAGAGGCUCCCGUCAGAACAGAUCGACGACAGGCUCCGCCGCCGUGGCCGGCGGCGGCCGAAACCUGUGGGCGCGAUUCUUGGGUGGUUUUCCAUCUAGAAACUGAAGUUAGCAAGCGACGAGCAAAUCCAGCAGGCCUUGUGAUACAACCAUAGCAUAACGGAAGCAGGAAUUAAUGAGUGGGGAAUCCCGCACAAGGAUGAACACCUUCCAUCUUUGCAGCCUCAGGUACUCGGAUCCCCGCUCCUCCCCCAGUCCCCCUCCCCCACGCUAUAAAUCCCCUUUCCCCUCGCUGCGUCGCGCGUCACCUCGAAUUCGCCUCGCUCUCUCCUCCGCUUCCCUCCUGCUGCUCCGAGAGGUUCUUUGCAGGGAAGCCAUUGCAGCAGAGAUGGACGCGGGCAAGUUCCCAGCGGGGAUGCGCGUGCUCGCCGUCGACGACGACCGCGUCUCCCUCAUGAUCCUAGAGAAACAGCUGAAGCAUUGUAACUACAACGUGACAAUGGUGACGGACGCGAAGACGGCGCUGGACAUGCUCAGGGAGAGGAAGGACGUGGACCAGUUCGAACUGGUGAUCAGUGACGUCGUCAUGCCCGACAUUGAUGGCUUCAAGCUCCUCGAGCUCAUCGGCCUGGAGAUGGAUAUCCCAGUCAUCAUGCUAUCUGCGAAUGAUGAGACAGAGACUGUGAUGAAGGGGAUAAAUCAUGGUGCUUGCGACUAUUUGGUAAAGCCAGUGCGCCUUGAACAACUGAGGGGCAUCUGGACACAUGUGGUGAGGAAUAGUAAGUGUGAUCCAAGGAACAGCAUCAGCGGUGGCAAUGAUGAUUCAGGUAAGAAGAUACAAUCUGGGGAUGGUGAUAAAGGUGAGAAGGAUGGUGAAAACCACGCCAGGAAGUAUUCAAAGAAGAAGAAAAAGGAUAUAGAUUGUGCUGGUGAGGACAAGGAGAACGCAUCAUCCACCCAGAAGCGGCAAAGGGUCCAGUGGCCUGGUGAACUACACCGCAAGUUUGUAGAAGCUGUCAAUCAGAUUGGCAUGGACAGGGCUGUUCCAAAGAAAAUAUUGGAAGUCAUGAAUGUGGACAGCCUCACUAGAGAGAAUGUCGCAAGUCAUCUUCAGAAGUACCGUAUCUUCCUGAGAAAGCUCAGUGAGGGCAAACUCAACAAAUCUAGUCCAUUUGCUGAUGGACACAGAGCAUGGUGCAGCGACUGGGUAGCCGAAAGUUCUGAGCAUCAUCCAGAACUUGGUAGAUACCAGUCAGUCCCAUCCUUUGUUGCCUCUCCAAGCUCAAGCAACCCUUUUGCAAGGAUGAAUUCACCAUCUGCGUUAGCACACACUUUUCUGCCUACUCAGUCAGUUCAGCUCGUGAGCUCCCAGAGAAAUGCUUGCAUUCCUCAGCGGGAUAUGGAACUGGUUGGCCAUGGUGUUAACCUGUCAGGUGCCAGCCAAUGCUUCCCUUCCAAUCCUAGUAGCUCCUUUGCAAAUAUACCGAAUGGUGUGUCAUUGGCCUCGAGCAAGCGCUUUCCUUUGCCUCGUUCUUGCAGCUCCUAUGCAAGCAUAUUGCGUGGCAAAAUUCUGGGGGCAAAUAGAGGUAUUCCUUUUGAUGACACAGCAGAUGGUGAGAUUCUGGCUCCUUCCAUACAUUUACCGUUGCAGUCUCCUGAGUUGGUGAAUCAGCUCCCCGAUCAGAUUCAAUCAUCUUUUGCUGGCCUAUUCAACCAAGUUGCCAGGGAGGCUCACCAAUUUGCAGGACAUAGCAAUUCCUGGAAAGCUGCUGUGGCAUCAAGGUUUCCUGAUCUUAGUCACAACGUUGAAAUGCCUAAAGAUCCAUCACAGGGGAACAUCGACAAGAUCAACCAGUUGUCAAGACUUACAGCCUCCUCUGGACAGAUUUCAAUCUUUGAAAAUUUGUAUCAGAACCAAAUUGCAGGGAUCAUAGGUAAAACUGCACCUGCAUUAAGUUUCAAUGAGCAGGUGGCACCAUUCAACUUUGGAAGCAGCACACUCGAUACAUCAAUGCCGAUUGGUAACUCUGAUCUAGGAAGUUCUUCAAGCACCAGACCUUCAUUGCCUAACCUUCAGAUAGACGAUUCUGUCAUGCCAGCCCAGAUACUGAAUGGUGAGGAUGCAAGUGGCAACCACCCUGAAGGUGGUACCAUUAAUCAGCAAACUGUUGGCAAUCAAGUGAUUAGCAACAAUGAGUUCCUCGUUGGAACAAGUGAGGUGCAGAAUGGAGCAAGUAGUGGUGACCUGGAUGAUUUUUUUGCUGACAUGGUUGAUGAACAGGAUUUCAUCAACAAUGGUGAUGCUUUCCUCGGUGGGGACUGGGACUUUUGACGUCAUAUCUGGGAGAGAUGUUUCUGCAUCUAUGUAUUUCAUGGUUCUUGCAUGUUGUAUGUGCAAAAAAUGUGCUCUGUAGCAGGCUAGCUAGGAGCAGGGCCAUCUUCAAUGGAGUCCCAUGUUUAUCUACUUUAGUGUAGUCAUUUGGGUUCUCUUUUGUAUCAGCUGUAGCUUUUAACUUGGUGGUGUUAAGUUUGGCGGGAGGUGUGGAUGUACCACCCCUUGACAACUCUCAGUCCAACUGUCAGCGUAGGCUCAAAUUUCGGUGGCUAUUUUCAGUUUUAUUAUACAAAACCACCUAGCCCCUCUUAUGGAUCAUUUUUUAGUUGGGAUCGUGACAAUGUUAUGUCAGUAAAAAUCAGUUUAUGUGUAUGUUUUAGAUAUCAGGUGGUA